AUGAAAAAUAAUUAUAUUAUAGCUAUGGACAGUCCAAUAGAAGUUUUUAUUGUUCCUCAUACACAUUGUGAUCCUGGAUGGCUAGAAACUAUGGAAUGAUAUUAUGAAAAUCGAGUAAGAAACAUUUUUCAGACCAUAAUAACCCUUCUUUCAGAAAAUGAUAAAUUGAAGAUGGUCUGGUGUGAGACCUCAUUCUUAAAGAUGUGGAUGGACGAACAAAGCCACGAAAUCCAAACAAAAACAAAAAAACUCAUAGAAAAAGGCCAGCUCGAAAUCGUUGGCGGCGGGUAUAUACAAACAGAUGAAGCUUGCCCUGACAUUGAUAUGAUCAUCAGGCAAAUUGAGCAUGGACACGAAUAUCUGUACGAAACUUUCAGUAUCCCCAAAGUCAAGGUUGGCUGACAAAUUGACCCCUUUGGACACUCUGCCCUCCUCCCAAGCAUAUUUGCAAAAUUCGGAUAUGAGUAUCAUGUAAUAAACAGAAUUGAUACUGCUUUUAAAAGGCAGCUUAUAAGUGAAGGAAACUUAGAGUUUGUCUGAUAUGGGUCAAAUUUAGGGCAAAAUGAAUCUAUUUUUACACAUGUUUUGUAUGAGCAUUAUAGUCCUCCUCGAAUUCUUCAUCCUUGGGACCCUUUUUAUUGCUUUGGAAAUGGAGAUUUGACUCAAGAAAUACUAGAAUCGAGGUAAAUUUUAUGCAGUGCAGAAAAAUUAUAUGAUCUAGCUGUUAAAAGAUUAGAUUAGAUUAGAUUAAAGUUAGUUUGAAGAGUUAUUUCAGCCCCUUCUGCCUUAAUACUCCUUGCCCUAGUCAUUGAUUUGCACUUACGCCCUUUUCUGUCAACGCCAUCAAAAUAUGGUGAUAUCGCCAUCUUAUGAGGAGAUGCCUAGCGGUUGGCACGGUCCAUCCAGGAUGGGAGAUAGGACACGAUCCCGAAGCCUCCUUCUGAUCCCAUUACAAUUCACAUCUGGCUCUAGUUUCCUUAUCUAUAUUUUGAGGUAAAAAAAAAAACUGUCGUAGUGUAUCGUAUAGGGAGAAAAAAGUUAAGGCACAAACCCUCAUAAACUCAAAAAAUUUUGAGAGUAUGGGAGAAGGAUGGCUGCCAUUUUUUAUUUUUGUGCAGUCAAAAGAAGAUCUGCUUAUAAGACAAGCAAAAUAAUGUUCUUAUACGGUGAUGAUUUUUGGUUUUCAAACUUAAAGCAGUCAAGGAUAGGCUUUGAAAAAAUUGAAGCACUUGUGGAUUAUGUGAAUAGUUCAGAGAGAUUUCAAAAUUUCAAGAUAAAAAUUGCAACAGCAAGUGAAUAUUUUGAAGCAGUUAGGAAAGAAAAUGUAAGGUUUUCAGUUUAUAGAGGAGACUUUUUUCCAUAUAGGGUAUUUAGAGGAGAACCGAGGUCGAUUUAUUGGACUGGGUAUUAUACUACAAGGCCUUUGCUAAAAAAAUUGAUAUGGGAAGCUCAUAGUCUAGCUAGGGCUGCAGAAAUAUCCAAAACGUUUUCAGCUGAAAAAUGCUUUUUGGCAUAUGAGGCAAGUCUUGCACUGCACCAUGAUGCGAUCACUGGAACUUGCAGACCACAUGUAGCUCACGACUAUAAAAAAAGGCUUAAAAACGACAUAUACCAAGCUGCUCGAACUAUUGCAAGUGUAAUUACUUCAAAAUUCAGCCUCACAAAAGAAAUCAGCUUUACGCUUACCUUACCUUACAGAGUAAUAAUUGUCUACAACCCCCUGAAUUGGGCCAAAACUUCACUAUUAUCUUUAAGCACCCCUAAAAAGACAUAUCUCGAAAUCAGAGACGGCAAAGGAAACUUCAUAAAUUCACAAAUUGUGAAGGAUUUUUCCAAUGACGAAUAUACUGUUUAUUUCAAAGCAGAACUUCCAUCAUUAUCAUUUUCUGCAUUUUUUAUAACUCAGCAUGAUGAGCCUAUAGAAAAUUGCUCAAUAGAUUCUGAUGUGAAUCAAGGAUAUAUUUUAAGCGACUCUUAUCAUUCUAUUGAAUUUUCUAAGACUGGGAUGGUUAAAAAUAUUAGUAAAGAAAAUAAAAAAUUAGAAAUUUCGCAGCAAUUUUGGAUGUACCCAGGACCAAGAAGUGGGGCUUAUAUUUUUAAACCAAUCAGCGAAGGCAAAAAACUGAAAAAUUUAAGCCUGCAAGCUAUAAAUAUAUCGACUGGCCCAAUUGUGCAGGUUGCUGAAGUGCUUUGGAAAAGAAAAUCAAAGCAGCCUUCAGAAAGACUUUAUUAUCAAAAAGUUAUUUUAUAUGGAGAAAAUAAAUUUUCCUGGGAUUUUGGAGUAUUUGCAUAUAAAGACGAAGAAAUUCUUGUCAGGCUGACUUCCAAAGAAAUUGUUGACCAGACAUGACUUUUUACGUCAAAUUCAGGAGAUUUAAGAUCUCGGGCCUAUUCGCAAUGCGAUUAUUCUGACAAAGGAAACAAUAUGUACCCAAUCCCAGGCGGCUUUGCAGUAAAAAUGCAGAAUCAUUACAUGAAGAUGUUUCCUUCUUAUCCUGUUGGACUAGGGAUGGCUAGUGAAAAUUCGUUUGAGCUGCUUCUUCAUAGAAACUUAACCCAUGAUGACUGGCUAGGAAUGUGUACGGGGGUUAUUGAUAAGACUUAUGCUCAUCAUCAUUUUGAUAUAGAAUUCGGAGAAUCGUUGAACAGCCAGUUUUUAAAAUCAUAUGUGGAGACGAAGACAGUGCCUUAUUUAUUUUCUGUUAUAAAUAAGGAAUUAGAUGUGACAUUAGACAAUUGGAGAGAGGCAAAGCAGUUUAGAACUCAAUGAAAUCAUGAAACAAAUCAUGAGCUGGGGUAUGAAAAUUCUCAGGUUUAUUUGUCAAGUGCUCUGGCUAAAAACAAUAGUUUUAUUUUUAGGGUAUUUAACUUUAGCAAUGAAAAGCAGCUAAUCUCGAUGAAAAAUUUCACAAUUUUGGAUAGAAUUCGGUUUGGUGGAUAUGAGCAUGUUCAAGAAUCAGAAAAAUUUCAAGAAAGCUCUGAAGAAAUAGUAUAUUCCAACAAGCCUAAUUCAAGCUUUCCAAUCCAACUCUAUGCAUCUCAACCUAUCCCAGACACUCAAUUUCAUCUUCUUCCAUCCGAAUUUUCUACUUUCAUUUCUGCUAAAAUAAUUAAAUAA